AUGUGCGUGAUGCAGAUACCGAGUCCAUGCUACGCCUUCAACUAUCGGGAGACCGAUCGUUCCUGCCAGUUGAUUCUCAACGGGAUGAGCAGGCUCGUGGAAGCCAAGGGAUUCCAAUCCUACGUCCAGAUGCUUUGUCUGAGAGAGCAUCCCCCGAUCGAGAAUGCGGUGGUGUCCUUCGUAGGAUGGAGCGGCGAGUAUCCAGCGCCAGCAAGAGCCAUCGUCACGUUCCGGUGUGAUCAUCCGAAAGGGUUCUCGGAUGGAGCUCGUAUCCACAAGGCUGAAUGCGCCACCUUUAAUCCGGAUUCUUGGCACAUCUCCUUCAAGCCGGGUGAAGUGCAGUGUGAAAAAGUGCAUACAUAUCCAGAAUGUCGACGGACAGAAAAGGGCAGGGAAAACGUCGGAAGAGUGAGUGUGACGGAAUCGGGACGGAAUUGCCUCGACUGGAGAGACUACCCCUACGGACGACCGGAUGACUUCGCGGUUGAUGUCACGCUCGAUUACGAGGUUGAAGUUGGACGCCACGGCACCUAUGAGACCUAUUCUGAACUUCCUGGAUUACCUGCAAGGGACGUAUACUACGAGGUCAACUUUCUUAAUAUGGACUCCUGGUCUCACCACAACUACUGCCGAAAUCCCUCUGAAAGAGAAAGACUCUGGUGCUUCGUGUCCGACCCUAAAAUUCAAUGGGAAUACUGCGACAUACCAAUGUGCACGGACACAGUCCCUCCAGAGUGCAAAGUGACUCAACAGGGCGGCGAAUACAUGGGAAGAAAGGAUUUCACGAUCGCAGGCUUCCAAUGCCUGCCAUGGAGAAAUCGCGAAGUCGUUGAAAUUUUCCUCCUGGCAUUCCCGGAUCCCGAUCGCGUCGACGGGCAUCACAACUUCUGUAGAAAUCCGAAUAUGCAAAUGACCCUCUGGAACUAUUAUGAAUCCAACGUGGCUCAUUGGUGUUUCCUAGAAUCGGGAAAGGAUUCUUCAUGGGGUUUCUGCGACAUCCCAUUCUGCGAUCUGCGAGCUCAAGAAGACGAACUUCGAUUUUCAGACGAAGUGGACGGAAAACACGCGUAUUGUCGCAACCCCGGCUACCACGAAUUUGGCCCUUGGUGCUACAUCGGCCAGGACGACGAAUGGGAGUACUGCGACGUUCCAUACUGUCCCAUCCUCGACACAUGCGACAUUCGAUUCGAAGGGCAUUGUUUCAGCCCACUAGAAUGCAAAACGAAUAUAUCGGGGUUAUCAUACAUCGGAACGGAAAAUGUGACCCGCAACGGGCACAAAUGCUUGCCGUGGAUGACCUUAUCGGUUUGGAGACAAGUUAGUUUCCAGGAGCAAGACAAUUACGACCCAGAGGGUGCAUUUGAUUUUUGGUAUGAUUUACUGCGGAAAAUCCAGGACGACUUGCACCCACAGCACAACUUCUGUCGGAACCCGGUCCACGACGAAAAC